AUGUUAAUAUUGCUAGGCAUGAUUGGAGUGUCUGGAGGGAUGGCCGCAACACUGGGACAACUUAAUGCCAGUCCUGAAACUUUUAUUCAAAUCGGGACAGCUAUUGGUACCGGAGGACUUAUCGGCACCGUAAUUGCUAAACGAAUUCAGGUAACGGAUCUCCCGCAACUUGUUGCACUAUUCCAUAGUUUUGUUGGAGCUGCGGCAACUGCAACAUGUGUAGCAAACUUUUUGGUCGAAUAUCCUCAUUUUCUGGCCGAUCCUUCGGGCACUGCAGCCACAAAAGGUGCCCUGUUUCUUGGUGCAUUUAUUGGCGGCGUUACGUUCACUGGUAGUCUUAUG